AUGAUUUGUGAAGAAUUUAACAUCUCUAAAGGAAUGCUAUACCGACUAAAAAAGAAAAGGGAAGGAAUCUUAGCUCAAGGUUUCUCAACAUCCGAAGGGACAAUUGGAUACGAAUUGAAUGCCCAAGUUUACGAGAUUUUUCGUAAUCUCAGGUCGAAAGGUUUUCCAAUUAAUGGGCCAACCUUAAAGCUUAUUGCACGUAAAAUUGCGUAUAGAAAUUCAAAUCAUGAUUUCACUGCUUCUAAUGGAUGGCUUUACAGAUUUAAGAAACAAUUCGAAAUAAAAUUCAGAAUAUUACAUGGCGAAUCACGAUCAGCUGAUAAAGAAGGUGCGGAAAACUUCCAAUCAACUUUCAAUGAUUUGCUUGAAAACUAUGGGGGAGAAAACAUUUUCAACUGUGAUGAAACUGCAUUAUUUUAUAAAGCUGUUUCCAAAAAGAGUUUUGUUGAAAAAAAUGAGUCACACAGCGGACAUAAAAUAAGAAAAGAACGUAUGACACUUCUUUUGUGUUGCAGUUACACAGGAGAAAAAUAUAAACCGCUUAUAAUUGGGCGUACGAAGUCACCAAGAGUAUUAAAAGGUGUGAAUCUGAGAGAAAUUGGCAUUGAAUAUGAUGCUUCGUGCAAAGCCUGGAUGACAAAAAAUAUUUUUGAAAAUUGGUUAUCUCGAUUUAACGAGGAAAUGAGAGAGAAAAGAAGGAAAAUAGCAUUGUUAAUUGACAAUGCAACUUGUCAUGCUGUUUCUCUCAAACUUUCAAACGUCGACGUAAUAUUUUUUCCAAAAAAUACAAGUUCCUUAAUUCAGCCAUGUGACCAAGGGAUAAUAAAGGCAUUUAAGAAUCAUUUUAAUAACUGGAUUAUGAAAACAAUUAUCUAUGAUAAAAAUCCUGCAGGGCAAAUAGAUGAAGCAAUAAAGGGAAUCACAAUAUUGGAUGCUAUUUCAUGUUCGAAAUUGGCAUGGGACGAGAUUACAGACACUUCAAUACAACAUUGCUUUGAAAAAGCUUUGGAAUAUGACUGUCGGGAAAAAGAGGACAUCGAAGAAAGUCUGAUUAAUUCCGAUAUUGUGGAAAAUACGAUUUUGGAGAGUUUCUAG